GUCAGAAUGACAUGGUGCAGACCACAGACUACGAAUACAUAACCUCAAAUCACGAAAACACAACGGUGUUUUAAAUUAUUUACUUAAUUUAAUUCCGGUUAUUGCCAUAAACAGUUCUUAAUACUAAUCAGUCACUAUUGUAAUUCUUACAUUUAUCGAUUAGUGAAACAUUUGUCACUCUACGACUGUACCGAAUUAAAAUACUAAUAAAUUUCAUGCGGCGUGAAGAUGGAGGGUUCCCCGGUGUCCGCGUUCGCAGUUUACAAACAGAACAAGAACACGAACCACAACAAGCAGCAGCAGAAGAAGAACAGGAAGCAGCUGCAGCGAGAGGCCAGCGCCACCGUCACCGUGCAACCCGCCAGCAAAACCUUCACGGAAGAUCUAAUGAAGACCGCAGCUAAACGAUUGAAAAACCAACAUAAACGUGAGAAAGACACCAAAUCAAUAGGCAAAAAGAAGAGCCACAAAAAGAAAAAGGCAAAAGCUGGCAAAGGGAGAGGCAAAGCACUUGAGAAUAAAAAAGUUAAUAAUGUAAAACAAACUCUUGUUAAGGCACCUAGUGUGCAUGAAGAAAGUGACCAUGAAUCAAUUGAAGAUGUUGAUGACAUACCCACAUUGAUACCUGCUCCUAAGGGAGAUUUUGAACCACAAGAUAUUGAUAGUGCAUCACAGUCUAGUAACAACAGUUUUGAAUUCACUCCGGUGCAAACAAACAGUGUGGAUGAGGGCAUCCGGGUGUUCAACUGGAUGAUCGCACCAUACAACCCCAAAGACUUCUACAACCAGAUUUGGGAAAAGAAACCUCUAUUUGUGUCCAGAAACAAGCCAUUGUACUACAAGGAUGUCAUUUCCACUCCAAUGAUUGACAACAUGUUGAGGAAAGAAAACAUUCAGUUUACAAAGAAUAUUGACAUCACAUCCUAUGUAGAUGGGAAGAGGGAAACUCACAACCCGGUGGGUAGAGCACACCCACACGUUGUAUGGGACUACUACCUCAAUGGCUGCAGCAUCAGGCUCCUGAACCCACAGACCUAUUUGAGAAAGCUACACUUAAUGAAUGCAACUCUGCAAGAGUUUUUCAACUCAUUUGUUGGAGCCAAUGCCUACUUGACUCCGCCUGAUAGCCAGGGCUUUGCCCCACACUAUGAUGACAUAGAAGCCUUCAUAUUACAGGUUGAGGGCAAAAAGAAAUGGCGAGUUUACAAGCCUUUGAGUGAAAAUGAAGUGCUGCCACGAGUAUCAUCAAAGAACUUUGACCAGAGUGAGAUUGGGGAGCCCCUGCUAGAGGUUAUUGUAGAAGCUGGAGAUAUGCUAUACUUCCCUCGAGGCUACAUCCACCAAGGAGUCACCAUUGAUGGUGAACAUUCACUUCAUGUUACAGUAAGCGUUUACCAAAAACACUCCUACGCAGAUCUCUUUGAGAGGAUGAUCCCAGCUGCACUACAACUAGCCAUUAAUGAAAAUGUCGAGUUUCGGAAAGGUUUGCCUUUCGAUCUGUAUGACAACUUUGGUCUUGUCAACUCAGAUGUGGUGAAUGACAGGAAGGAGGAAACAUUAGCUACAUUCAGAGCUCUAUGUGAUAAGAUCAAGGAUUACCUCCCCGUGGACACGGCUGUGGAUGAACUAGCCAAGAAGUUCCAACAUGAUGCCCUCCCACCAGUCCUGACAGACCUUGAGAAGGCUGUCACAGUGUAUGGAGAUUCAGAUGUAAUGAUCAAGAAUGGCAAAGUAGUCAAUAGGGUAGAAAUUGGUCUUGACUCUCGCAUCAGGCUGUUACGUAGGAAUAUUUUGAGAAUGGUAAUGGAGGAGGAUGGUAUAAGACUGUAUUAUAGUGUUGAGAAUUCCCUGGAGUACCAUGCGCAUGAACCUCAGUAUUUGGAGAUAGAUGAGAGUUUAGCUCCAGCAAUAGAGACCUUAUUGACUUCGUAUCCAGAGUAUGUGUUUGUUGAGAACCUGGAUGUGGCCUCUGAGGCGGACAAGCUGCAAGUGGCCAACGACUUGUGGGAGCGAGGGCUCGUCAUGACGGAAUACCCUCUGGAGACCAUUGAGGAUGAUUAAAAGAUAUGUUUGAUAUGAACUUAA